AUGAUUAUUCGUCCCUGUGCACCAAUGGUUAAUCGUCCCUGUGCACCAAUGAUUAUUCGUCCCUGUGCACCAAUGAUUAAUCGUCCCUGUGCACCAAUGGUUAAUCGUCCCUGUGCACCAAUGGUUAAUCGUCCCUGUGCACCAAUGGUUAAUUGUCCCUGUGCACCAAUGAUUAUUCGUCCCUGUGCACCAAUGAUUAUUCGUCCCUGUGCACCAAUGAUUAUUCGUCCCUGUACACCAACAAUUAUUCGUCCCUGUGCACCAAUGGUUAAUCGUCCCUGUGCACAAAUGAUUAUUCGUCCCUGUGCACCAAUGAUUUAUUCCCCCCUGUGCACCAAUGAUUUAUUCCUCCCUGUGCACCAAUGA